CCCCAUGCUGCGGCUGGCACCAAGUCUCAGUGGGUCAAAGGUGAUGAGCGCGAGGCUCUGCAGAGUCUGCGGACAACAACAACAGACGAGCACGUCCUUUUGUCCCGAAAGGUCUCAAAACGGGCCAAACUGACGGAACAGGUGCAGUGCGUUCGUGCAGUGAGCUGGACUGGACGUGCUAAAAGGGAGAAGAAAUGUCAAAUCGUGUGUCAGAGUCUGUUCCCGAACGGACCUUUCAGUACCAAGACAGUCUGCCGCCACUACCGGUCCCUUCACUUCAGAGCAGUCUGUCUAAAUACUUGGAUGCAGUUCACCCGUUUGCAUCCGAGAAAGAGUUUGCAGCUACAGUGAACAUUGUGAAGAAAUUCCAAGAUGGCAUCGGCAAAGAGCUCCAUCAGAAACUUCUACAAAGAGCCAAGAACAGGAGGAACUGGCUGGAGGAGUGGUGGUUAGACGCAGCGUACUUGGAGGUCCGCAUCCCCUCUCAGUUGAAUGUAAACUUUGGCGGUCCUGCGCCCUACCUGGAACAUUUUUGGCCUCCAGAGGAGGGGACGUGUCUUCAGAGGGCCAGUAUUACCACUUGGUACUCACUGCAGUACUGGAACCUGAUCCACACAGAACAACUGGCUCCUCAGAAGUCAGGUAAAACUCCAUUCGACAUGGAUCAGUUCAGAAUGCUCUUCAAUACCUGCAAAGUACCUGGAGUGAAGAAGGACGCCAUUCAUAACUACUUUAAGACAGAGAGUGAAGGGCCGUGUCCUUCCCAUUUGGUGGUUAUGUGUCGAGGACGGAUCUUUACUUUUGAUGCAAUUCAUGACGGGCAAAUCCUCACUCCUCCAGAACUUCUCAGGCAGCUGAGUUAUGUGAAGGAGCGCUGCGACAGGGAGCCAGAGGGCGAUGGCGUUCCUGCUCUCACCUCAGAUGAGCGCACCCGUUGGGCAAAGGCAAGAGAGCAUCUAAUAAGUAUUGAUCCACACAACGAAAGCAUCCUGGAGACCAUUCAGAGCAGCCUGUUUGUCAUUUCACUGGAUGAGUCAAAACCAUUUUCCACCCCAGAGAACUACACAAAUAUGACUGCGGAAGCCCUGGCAGGAAACCCCAUCAUCCGCUGGGGCGACAAAUCGUACAACUCUAUUGUUUUUUCAGACGGCACUUUUGGAUCCACGUGUGAUCAUGCUCCAUACGAUGCCAUGGUGCUCGUGUCUAUGUGCUGGUAUCUUGACCAGGAAAUCAAAGCUGCAGAAGGCAAAUGGAGGGGCUCAGACAGGGUCAGACUGAUGCCCCUUCCUGAAGAGCUGCUGUUUACAUUGGAUGAAAAAGUGCGCAGUGACAUCAGUCAUGCCAAACAGCAGUAUUUAGAAUCGACUAAAGACAUUCAGAUUGUGUGUUACGCCUUCACAGCGUUUGGAAAAAGUGCUAUCAGACACAAGAAGCUGCAUCCAGACACAUUUGUUCAGCUGGCGAUGCAGCUAGCUUACUACAGACUGCACAAGAAGCUUGGGAGCUGUUAUGAGACGGCAACCACACGCAAGUUCUUCCAUGGCAGGACAGAGACCAUGCGACCAUGCACCCAGGAGGCUGUGAACUGGUGUAAGGCCAUGAUGGACCCCACAUGUAGCGUGAUUGAUAAGAGAAAAGCGAUGCUGCUGGCUUUUGAUAAGCACAACAAACUGAUGAGUGAAGCUCAAAACGGAAAUGGCUUUGACAGACAUCUUCUCGGGCUUUACCUCAUUGCCAAAGAGGAAGGACUCCAAGUUCCAGAGUUGUUCACUGAUCCCCUCUACUCAAGAAGUGGUGGUGGUGGAAACUUUGUGCUGUCAUCCAGCCUGGUGGGAUACACAACAGUUCUGGGGGUGGUGGCUCCCAUGGUGCAUCAUGGUUAUGGCUUCUUUUACCGCAUUAGGGAUGACAGGAUUGUGACUUCCAUCUCAGCGUGGAAAUCCUGCCAUGAGACAGACGCUCCUUCAUUGUUUAAUAACUUCUCCAGCUCCCUGCAUGAGAUGCUCCACCUGGCCACCGUGUCUCAGCUAUAAGAACGUGAAACAUUCCUGUUUUAGUUUUCACUUUCACUGUGUAAACCAGCACAAAUCAAUGCAAUCGUGCAGAAUCUGUACUGAUUAAUGGUCUUUAGAACCUGAUUUUGUUUUAUUUUGUGAAUGUUCCUCCUGACUGAACUUUCUUAGUGAUUAUAGUGUUUUUUUUGGGGAUAAUCGUAAGUAUAAAUUUUGAUUGUUUUGGUGGCAUUGAAGCCUUACGGUGGAUAAAACUAUAGGAGUAAAACAUCUACAGCACUUCUGUGAUGGACUGAAGUGUCAUUUUUUUUUGUUUAGUUUUAGUUUAUAGUAAAAAUUGUUGUGACCUGUACUUUCAUGGGGCAUAAAAUGUUUCAUAGAGUAUUUCUUUAGCUAGGAAUAUUGUAAAGGAAAUGAAUCACGGGUACCUUCUCACACAGCAAAAAAGGAAAAAAAGGGAAGAGAUGUUUUGUUUUUAAUUCUCCAAAAUGUACUAACAUGACUUUUUUAUGCCUUAAGAUGGGAUGAAAUACAACAUUUGCCUUUAGCAGGUUUGUAACUGGAAAAUAUUUUUCUCCAUUAACAUGGAUUUCUUCUUUUUUUUUAUUUUAUUUGCUUAAUCUUUCUAAUCUAGUCAGUUUUAAAGAUGGGUACACCAACACUUAAACACUAAGCUUAAUGUUUAUUUCAAGAGCUAUCCAAUGUUUGACUUCUGCAUAUUAUUUUUAAAUACUCGGUUGCACAUGAAGAAUUCACUUUCCUGCUGUUUUUUUUUUUCUUUUUAAUCCACUGAGCCAAAACUUUCUUUAGCUGCACCUUUUAUAAUCUGCAUGCUGCUCAGCUCUCCACAUACAGACAGCUGGAUGCCUUAAACUGCAUUAGAAAGUAUUAUGUCUGUGAGAAAUUGUGACUAAUGAUUUUUACAUUUGAAGCCCUACAAUUAUCAGUCUUCUAAGCUUUUGUAAACUGUUAAAUGAAUCAAGUGAUUGAUGAGAAGUGACUGUCAAUCUCUAAAUGCACUGCUGGACAUGUGAUUGUUGUGACGAUUAAAUGUAGAUGUUAUUUUUCGUUGUCCAUUAAAAUAAAAACAAAAAAACCCUU